CUCACUCCGCCAUGACAGAGAGAGAGAGAGAGAGAGAGAGAUAGACAGAGAGAGAGAGAGAGACAGAGAGAGAAACAGAAAGUAUACUACAAAGAAACGAAUACCUUUUCGCUCCGAUUUAUGGAUCCUGGACAUUCGAAUCUGUAUCGAUGAAGGGUUGAGUCUUAAUAUUUGAAAAAAAAAAUCACGUAAACACACCCCCACCUCUGAACACAUCAGAAGUUUGAUGUCUCCCUCGUUUUGGGAUUUAAAAAACAUCUCCAGCCGGAUCUCAAUGAGGGUGACUUCAGCUCAAGAAAAGGGUUAGGGAAACUGCAGAGAAAACCCUAACCCUAACCCUAACCCUAACCAACUUGCCGUUCAACAUGAAUCUGAGAAGUAAACAUUUGGAGGCUGCACCUUUGUUGAUACUUUUGGUCAAAGUCUUUGGUGUGACUACACUGACUUGUCAUCCAACUGAGUAUCAGAUAGGGAAUGAAUGCUGUCUUCUUUGUCCCUCUGGAAAUCGUGUUAAAACACACUGCACAGAGUUCAGGAGCGCUUCCUGUUUGCCCUGUGUGAAUGACACCUUCAUGAAUCAUCCCACUGGACUUAAAAAGUGUUUCCCCUGCACGACCUGUGGUCCAGAUUCUGGUCUGAAGACAAACACUUCAUGCACAGCAUCAACGGAUUCAGUUUGUGAACCUCUGGAAGGAUUCUACUGUAUAGACCGCAUAGGGAACAACUGUGCAGCAGCACAGAAACACAAACAAUGUCAACCAGGGCAGUACAUCAAACACAGAGGAACACCCCUCACAGACUCUCAGUGCUCUGAAUGCAGUGAUGGAACAUUUUGUGAUGGGACGCAUACGUCUUGUCGACCACACACACAAUGUGAAUCACAAAACCUUCAGCUGAUGAAACCAGGAACAGCUUCAACUGACGCUGAAUGUGGAAAUGACAGUUUGAAAAAGGCAGCAACUGCAAUCAUCGUUGUAGUGGUUGUUGUGGGUCUUUUGGUGGUUGGUUCAAUAGUCACCUAUUUUUUGUGGAAAAGACAUCUUGCAGGUACGAUGUGUGUGUGGUGGAAGAAAACGUUCUCAUGGAUGAUAAGACCUCCGUCAAGUCAUGAUGUCGUUGGUUAAGAGCUUUUUCCUUUGUUUUGUUUCUUUUACAGGAAAAAGAUCAGAUGCGCCCCUUUAACCAAGGGUACGUUUGUUACUCUGUUUUUCACAGUGUAUGUUCUGACUAUGUACAGUGCCUUGCAUAAGUAUUCACCCCCUUUGGACUUUUCUACAUUUUGUCAUGGUAUAACCACAGAUUAAAAUUUAUUUCAUCGUGAGUUUAUGUAAUGGACCAACACAAAAUAGUGCAUCAUUUGGAAGUGGGGGGAAAUAUUACAUGGAUUUCACAAUUAUUUACAAAUAAAAAUCUGAAAAGUGUUGAGUGCAUAUGUAUUCACCCCCUUUACUGUGAAACCCCUAACAAAGAUCUGGUGCGACCAAUUGCAUUCACAAGUCACAUUUGCAAGUCACAUAAUUAGUAAAUAGGGUCCACCUGUCUGCAAUUUAAUCUCAGUAUAAAUACACCUGUUCUGUGACGGACUCAGAGUUUGUUGGAGAUCAUUACUGAACAAACAGCAUCAUGAAGACCAAGGAGCUCACCAAACAGGUCAGGGAUAAAGUUGUGGAGAAAUAUGAAGCAGGGUUAGGUUAUAAAAAAAUAUCCAGAGCUUUGAACAUCUCUCUGAGCACCAUAAAAUCCAUCAUAAGAAAAUGGAAAGAAUAUGGCACAACCGCAAACCUACCAAGAGGAGGCCGUCCACCCAAACUGAAGAGUCGGACAAGGAGAAAAUUAAUCAGAGAAGCAACCAGGAGGCCCAUGGUUACUCUGGAGGAGUUGCAGAGAUCCACAGCUGAGGUGGGGAAUCUGUCCACAGGACAACUAUUAGUCGUCUACUCCACAAAUCUGGCCUUUAUGGAAGAGUGGCAAGAAGAAAGCCAUUGUUGAAAGGGAUCCAUAAAAAAUCCCGUUUGGAGUUUGCCAGAAGCCAUGUGGGAGACACAGCAAACAUGUGGAAGAAGGUGCUCUGGUCAGAUGAGACCAAAAUUGAACUUUUUGGCCUCAAUGCAAAACGCUAUGUGUGGCGAAAACCCAACACUGCCCAUCACCCUGAGCACACCAUCCCAACAGUGAAACAUGGUGGUGGUAGCAUCAUGCUGUGAGGAUGCUUCUCUUCAGCAGGUACAGGGAAACUGGUCAGAAUAGAGGGAAAGAUGGAUGGAGCCAAAUACAGGGAAAUCCUUGAAGAAAAUCUGAUGCAGUCUGCAAAAGACUUGAGACUGGGGCGGAGGUUCAUCUUCCAGCAGGACAAUGACCCUAAACAUACAGCCAGAGCUACAAAGGAAUGGUUUGGAUUAAAGAAUGUUAAUGUCUUAAAAUGGCCCAGUCAAAGCCCAGACCUCAAUCCAAUAGAGAAUCUUGGCAAGACUUGAAGAUUGCGGUUCACAGACAGUUUCCUUCCAAUCUGACUGAGCUUCAUCUUUUUUGCCAAGAAGAAUGGACAAACCUUUCCAUCUCUAGAUGUGCAAAGCUGGUAGAGACAUACCCCAAAAGACUUGCAGCUGUAAUUGCAGCGAAAGGGGGUUCUACCAAGUAUUGACACAGGGGGGUGAAUACUUAUGCACCCAACAGAUGUCAACUUUUUUGUUGUCAUUAUUGUUUGUGUCACAAUAAAAUUUAUUUUGUACCUCCAAA